UGUUUAGUUUUCUCACUUUAAAUAACUUGUGUGGUUAUUUUGAUCCUAAGAUGUAUGAGUUACUGGCUCUGGAGAGUCAGAAUAAAAAAAGUCAGUACUUUCCUGACCUCAAGAGUCCAUUGUUAUAAGUUCUGUUCUUUUAAUUCAAACUCAAUUUUGUAGAUAUUUGCAUCCCUGCAACUAUCCAAUUGUUCUUUUUCAGGGUUAGCUCUCUGUCCAGCUCUGUUGAACACUCACAGGCUCAGCAUUUACUGCAUUUAUCACAAGGUUAAAAUAAUCUAUAAUUUCCAUGUAAAGCUAUUAGCUGCAAAUCCAUACAGAAAGAUUAUGUGGGUAUUGGUUAUGCCACAAGGACAGGAGGUGGCUGAAAUUGUUUCGUGAUCUCUCAAACAGAUACUAUUUCAGUGUUCAGAACCUCACCAACAAAGAGGUGUACUUCUUCUUUAUCCUCUUCUCUAUAAAAUCAUAAAAUUAUGUUUAUAAAUGUUUGCCUUUAUAUUUCAAACACAUUUACCUUCUCUUUUGUGUUUCUUGCUCAGGACUCCCCUGUUAAAAAUGUGUUAACAUUUCUGUGAUUACAUGUGAGAGUGGAUACUGAUGUAUUUUUUCAGGUGUGUCUUGCAGAGAAGCAAAAAAGAGCCAAAACAGGAAUCAGCAAUCCCAUUGAGCAACGAUGUUGCUAUGGCAACAGCGAGAGAGUGAUGGUGAGAGCUGAGUGAGCUGCUAGAUGUUGUGAGAGGCAAUAGUAUUAUGUGAAUAGGUGUAAGAGGAAGAAUCCUGCAGCGUCUUUCGGGAGGAAGGAGAACCAAUAUCACAGAGAAUGCAAAAUAAAACUGUUUAAACUGUGCACAAAUUUGAAAAUCUCUCACUUUUUUACAGGUCGAUAAAGGCACAGCGAGGUUGACUGUCUGACUACCAUUCUGUGCUUAUAUCACUGUAUGCCCUCUUUAUCUCCAUGUCCAACCCCCUCACCCCCUUCACUACAUACAAUAACCACUCCCUCCCUUUCUCAUUCUCUAUCUCUUUGUCUUUCUUGCUCUCCCUCACACACAUAGACACACACCGUCUUUAACUCUAUGUAGGCUGGGGAUUUAAAGAUCUGCAACUGAGGCAGGCUUGUAAUCAGAUGAAACACAAGAUUAUCCCACGGAUUCCUUUAUCUUACCCACUGCUGGAGAAACAUUAAAGAAGGUGGAGGAGGAGGAGGAGGAGGAGCAGGAGGAGACUCUGGGUCACGAGGGGUAGGGUCUGACAGAGUGACUGAGUGAAAAAGGGAGGAGGGGUUCACCUGUGGAUGUGUAUGGGGAAAAGAGACACUAUUGCCGAAUCCUGUUUCCUUUCAAGGUCCCACACAGACACUGAGAUGACUGCGUGCCGACAUUAGAGAAAGGAAGAAAAGACAGAGGCAGAGAGGGCUGGGAAGGACUACUGGUACUAAAGGAAAUAUCAAGAAAAGAAUACAAAUUCUGCCUUCAACUCUCCUCACAGGUUUUCCAUGGCAGAGAUUGGGUGCCCUGUGUCUGAACCGUUUCCACCCAGGAGCACUAUCCCAUCCAACCCUACUGUCACUAAUGAGAUUAUUAAUCCAUGUUCUACUGAACUGCAGGACCUCCAGCCUGAGGAGCUCCAGAAGAGUUCUAGUGAAGUACCAUGCUCAAAAACUAUUCUGGAAGACAGAGUUUAUAUAAAAGAAAAAGACAAAUGUCUUCACAAUGCACCACGUCCCCACAGUAUUGCAGAGGUUCACAUAACCAAUGAAGCAGGUGUACAGAUAGCAUCUGGUGUGAACCCUCAGAUUGAACAGGCGUCAUUGGUGCGCCAAGAAAAUGCCUCCUCUCUACACAGACACCUAACAGACGAGAACCUGUCCCUAACCAACCGGAGGAGUCAUUCACAUAACUUUCAAAUACAGCAAAAUGACCAAAUUCAUCCUCUUCACAGUGAAACAAUUGAACCUACUUCUUUGAAUAGGAACCGAGAAGCAUUGCUUCUGUCCUUAGCUUGUAAGGAGGCCAUGCAUACACAGCAAAGCAGUAGCGUAACCACUUUCAGCAGAGCAGCAAACAGCCCAAUCCAGGCAAGCUCUGUUCAGAUUUGCACUUCUGGUUGUGCUCAGACAUCAGGAGAGUUUAACAGAGAUAUUAAACCUACUAGGUUGGAAGCAACUGCUUGCUGCAGCCCAUACCAUCAUGUAGAUGUUGAGGACACGUUCGCUGCCUACUGUCACCCCCAGCCCAUACCUGCUCCUGCCCAAGUUGUACCAAGACUAAUAAACAUGGAUGUAGACUGCAAGGUGCAGAAAGCAGGACCAACUUUGUUAUCUCUUCCCCCACUUGUUUCCUCCGUCAGUGAGACAAGACUGGAUUCUAAAAGGCUGGUCCACUGUUGCAGCCUGGACUGUAAGUGGUCUGGUCCUUUGUGCCAAGCUGGGGGUCAGGUGCAAUUGUUGAAAGAGGUAAGAAAAAUGAGAGAUGCAGGGACUAUGACCUCCUGCAGAGAGUUAAAGGACAUAGGGGUGCAAGUGGGUCAGAACUCAGAAAAGUCACCUCAACAUGUUUUCCCAAAAGUGUGUCUGGUGGACAAGGAGGAGAUUGGAACUGACAAGCUUACAGGGGAUCAAAAAGAUCCAGUAAAGGAUGUGAAGUGGGACUCAGAAGGCAUGACAUGGGAGGUCUACGGUGCCUCGGUGGACCCUGAGGAACUGGGUUUAGCUAUUCAAAAGCACUUGGAGCUGCAGAUCAAGGAGGCAGCAGGAGGAGCAACAAGGAACUCACAGAAGAACACAACCACCUCUAAGCUGGAAAUUGAGCAAAGGAAACCCAAGAGGAAGGGGGGAGUAAUGGCAGUUCUUCGUCCUUCAGUAUGUUGUAGCCGCACCUCUACUGCAGUGGACUAACAACCAAACCUGGGUUUUGUAUUUUCAAGCAUCAUAGAUUUCUCAGAACUAUACACAGUGUGUAAUAUUAGAAGUAGUACACUGGAUGAGAAAGAACAUGUGCCUAAGUCUUCCUUUCAUUUUCAGAACCUCAUGCAUUACUUUGGAAAACUUUAUUGACCUUAAGGGCUAUUUGUUUUGGGUGUACUUGUAGCCAUUUGUCUAUCUAUCAUUGUAGCACUUUAUUUCUUACUGCAGUAAAAUAAAAUGUCCCAUCAUUCUUAAGCAGCAGUAUAAUAACUUUACUAGGCUAAGACUGCAAUGGAUAAGACAGAAAGCACAAACCCAACUGUGAGCCUGUGACCAUCUGACACCUACUGACUCUUGACUAAAGUUAAAUAUCCCAGCUAAUAAUGCAAGUAAGUUCGCAGGCUAUGGUCAUAGUACCAGAACUGGCAGAGGCUGACAAGAGUGACCUUGUUAAUUGUUAACUGGUAGUUAGCAUUACCAAUUUCUACAAUCCUGUCAAACAAAUGGGUCUUCCCAAAGAACAAGGCCCCUUAAUCCUUAAAAGUCCCAGGGGUACCAAAGAAACUAAUACUGAGUUUUGACCCUGUGCUUCGUUGGAGAAGUAUGCUAAGAGAAAAGUCCUAUGUAGCAAUACAAUGUCCAAUAAAGAAUCACUGCUAUUCUGGAGAAUUCUAUAGUGUUCUAAGAAAUGUCUGAAACAAGACAUAAUUCUUUUGAUAGUCAAGAAGUAAUAAAGAACAGCAGAUAAAGACUUGAAAUAAUGAAGGUUCAAGAGAACCCAGAUUUUCACAGCAAGAGCUCCAUUAGGGGACCUAAAAACAUAUCUUAAAGUAAACUAGAUGCAAGGUCUGGGGAAGCCCUAAGUGGGUUUAAGAUUCCUUUAAUUUUCUUUGAUUAAUUGAGAUACUAAGAAUAUUAUAGUGGACAUCAGUCUAUAUUCACAUUGAUUUAGAAAAAUGCUGAAAAGAUCAGAGCAGUUUUACUUUUGUACUCGUAUUUUUGCUCAUUACAACUGCAUCCUUUCUAGUGACCUCAGGUUGAUUGCCUUUGUCAUAUAUUUUAUAUACAUAAUAUGUGUAUAUAUAUAUAUAUAUAUAUAUAUAUAUAUAUAUAUAUAUAUAU